CGCCCAUGACAGCUGGGCUGUUUGACCGACAUCGGCCGCGCUGGAUGUUUAUUAUUAAAUAGAGGUCCAAUGUGUUUGAUGAGUAGUCAGACUGAACGUUAAGGGCGAUUUUGCGUAAGCCUUACUCCGGAGCUGCUCAUUAUUCUAUAACUCUGGCUGUAAUUUUGUAUCCCGCCCAUUUCCAUUGCCUCAAGACGCCGCUCAAGGGUUACCCGACGCCUGUGGUAAUAGGCCCGGUUGUGCACAAGGCUGAGCUGGAUUCAACCUAGGACUUUCGCACCAUCUACUUGUUGUCGGACGGCAACGCUCUUCGCAAGGUUAGCAGUCUGCCAUGACUAGCAAGAAAGAAACAGCCAUAUAUACGCAUACCCAUCAUUCGUCGGCAGUUGGCGAUCAUGCUCGCCGUGGUGCUGCUGACUCUGCUGGAUUCCUCAUCCCACAUCUAAAACCUGACUUUAAGGUUCUUGACGUCGGCUGUGGGCCCGGCACGAUCAGUGCGGACCUUGCAGCUCUCGUGCCGCAAGGUCAUCUCACCGGCAUCGACGCAGUGGAGGCUGUCUUGGAACAGGCGCGAGAGACGGCACGGUCUCGCGGCGUCACGAACAUUGCAUUCCAGCUCGCCGAUGCAAAUAGCUUGCCGUUUCCAGACGACACCUUUGAUGUAGUCUUUUGUCACCAGGUUCUACAGCACGUCGGAGAACCCGUUUCGGUCCUUGCAGAGAUGCGACGCGUGGCCAAACCUGGUGGCAUUGUCGCCGCUCGGGAGGCUUCCUACGGUUCGUUCUGCUGGUUUCCUGAGCCUCCUUUGAUUGAUCAGUGGCUGCAACUGUACACCAAGGUUGCUCGUGCCAACGGCGGCGAACCGAAUGCUGGCAAGUACCUGUUCAAAUGGGCGCGCGACGCUGGAUUUAGCUCUGCGGACAUUGACGCGACCUGGGACACGUGGAGAUAUUCCGGAGAGAGGGCAAAACAAUUCUCGCACAGUCACGGGACCCGAAUAUUACAAUCCGGAUUCUUGAACACGGCGACGAAAAACGGGUUUGCGACGGAGGAGGAAGUGAGGGAGAUAUCGAAAGCGUGGUUAGAGUGGGGCGAGCAAGAAGACGCGUUCAUUGCGAUGCCAUGCAGCCAGAUCCUGUGUAAGAAGGCGCCAUGUUGAUGUUAUGCUCGUGGUCUGUUGAAGCUUUUGAGCUUGAGGUUAUGCAGUUUAUAUUUCAAUGUUAGCUCGACUAAUGCCCCAAUUGGGAAAUUUCAUGCUGUAUGCACAUUUGCUGAGUAAUGCAGAAGAAGCUGACAAUUCUGCUUGAAGGAACGGAGGCGCCUAUGAACGAUACUUAUAUCUCGAUGUUUUUUGGAUUUUUUAUGAAGCUCGUGGCAAGACUGUUGGAUAGAUAACGAGUUGCUUCUUUUAACAUUAAACGUCACAAUGCAUGACCGGCUCG